AUGUUUGGCCGAGGUGGUGGCGGUGGCCGCCGCCGGAUCAGAUAUGUUACAAGUGCAAUGAACAAGCGCGGCUGCAGGCAAGAGCAGGAUCAGUGCUACCGUUGCAACGAGCUGGGGCACAUCUCCAGGGAUUGUAGGCAGAGCUCCGAUGGACCAUCCUGCUACAACUGCAACAAGACGGGCCAUAUUGCCCGUAACUGCCCGCAGGGAGGAACCAGCAAGAGCUGCUACACUUGCAGCAAGACUGAUCACAUGAGCCGUGACUGUGACCAAAAUUCUUAACGAAGAAGUACUCCAGAAGAGAACCCUUACGCCAAGAACGACGAUUUUCGGGAAGAAAUUGCUAAAGAAGAACCAUGCAUUGGAAGCAUCCUUGGCGGUGGAAAAGAUAAUGGAAGACGUCCUGGGGUAGAUGCAACCUCAAAAGCCCUGGAAGGCAAUGCCAUUCUAGGGCGAAGCAACGUCGAAAAACUGUCGUGGCAAAGUUUGGAUGGCAAGUGA